UUUCUUUAGCGUUCCAGUAUCAUCCUCAGCUGCUCCAGCUGUUGUUGUCACUAUCUACGGGUUUUUAGGGUUUAAUCUCUCAGUUUCAGCGUCUAUCGGUGGUCAUGUCUUCGAGGCCUGAGCUGCAAGCUCCACCUGACAUAUUCUACAACGACGCUGAGGCUCGGAAGUACACCUCCUCGUCUCGGAUCAUCGAAAUUCAGGCGAAGCUGUCAGAGAGAGCACUGGAGCUUCUUGCUUUGCCUGAUGAUGAUGUACCCAGAUUGCUCCUUGACAUUGGUUGCGGAUCAGGACUUAGUGGGGAGACUCUUUCAGAGAAUGGACACCAAUGGAUUGGCUUAGAUAUUUCGCAGUCAAUGCUAAAUGUUGCAUUGGAGCGGGAGGUUGAGGGCGACCUUCUAGUUGGUGACAUGGGUCAGGGCUUAGGACUUCGUCCUGGGGUUAUAGAUGGGGCCAUCAGUAUCUCCGCUGUUCAGUGGUUAUGCAAUGCUGACAAGUCCUCUCAUGACCCUCGAUUAAGAUUGAAGGCUUUCUUUGGAUCAUUAUACAGAUGCUUAGCCAGGGGAGCUAGAGCAGUACUUCAAGUGUACCCUGAAAAUCUAGCCCAGCGUGAAUUGAUAUUGAGUUUUGCAAUGCGUGCUGGAUUUGCUGGAGGUGUGGUUGUUGAUUUCCCACACAGUACUAAGAGUAGAAAAGAAUACCUUGUCCUUACGUGUGGUCCACCAUCCAUAAACACAUCUGUCCCAACAGGAAAAGGUGAAGAUGGGGAGAGUUGCUCCGAAGAUGAGAGUAGUGGUGAUGAAGAAAAUCAGACGGUCUCAAUCUCGGACCGACACAGACCAAGGAAAAGGCAGAAAAUAACCAAGAAAGGAAAGGGAAGAGAAUGGAUACUGAGGAAGAAGGAACAGAGGAGAAGAAGAGGAGAUGAUGUGCAUCCGGAUACAAAAUACACGGCUCGAAAAAGAAAGCCUCGCUUCUGAACUCUUACAGCACGCCUAAAUUGGUUUUAAGGGGUUCAGUAGCGUCUUCACCGCUUGCAUAUACAAAACUCCAUAUACAGUGGCUAGUGAGUCAUUGCCUCUUCCCUUCAAUAUUCCUUUUAAGCCCUGAUGAAAAAAGUCCUUUGUGAUCAAACUUUUAGUUGCCUGUUAUAGUCAAAAGUCAGUCCUGACUACUUGGGACACGACAUUGUUCUGUUGGGUAUUUAGGUAAUUUACCUUUGUGAGGAUCCUAAAAGCAACUUGGUAGAAAAAUGAGAAUGUUUGGUUUUGUUUCUUUAUGCAAUUAAAAUAGCAACUAAAUCCUAUGUAAAAAUAUGAACGGGUUAUAAGAGGAGUUUUAUGUUUUUGGCAGCUUUA